AUGGUUGCGUUUAAAAACAAAAACAAAGUUUUAUGCUCAACUCCGGAACAUAGGAUUGAGUCACCAUCAAGAGACAGUGACUCAUUAUAUGACUCUGAUGCUGCUAGUCCCGUCCCAUUCUUAUGCACUCAAGAUGGUACCGAAGGCGAAACUGAUGUUGUUUGGAAUCACUACACCCCAAAAUCAGACACAACCAAAACUCGAUCCAAAAAUACAACACCUCUUAGUAGGAGAUCCAAGAAUCGUCAUAACAGUAUGCCAGAAUCUCCAUCAAUUGAUAACUUUAAUAAACCAUCGACAAGUGGUAUGGUUUUUGGACGUUACAAUUCAAUGCCAAUCAAUAAAGAUGAUCAAAAAGAACCUGGUGAUUCUCCUAUAAGAUGUACUCCUGAAGAAAUAAAGAAGAAGCAUCAAUUAGCAAGAGAGAAGUUAUUAGCCAAAAGACAACUGCCUUUUACAACUUCACAAUCUACAAAUUUAUCAUCGCAGCUAUCACAACCAGCAGUUGAGACCAAGAAACCAAAAUUUCAGCCAAAAGUUGCUAGUGAUAGAGCAUUUAAUGUCCAGAAAAGCAAUGUGACACAAUCAAAAUAUGAUAAAUUUCUUGAAAAAUCAAAAGCAGGUAUUAAUGGUGGAAAUGUAACAGCUGGUUUAGGAAUAUAUGAUACAAUGCAGUACAUAACUCCACCAGUUGCUACAUGGUGUGUGGGACAAGCUUGCAGUAUGGCGUCAUUGUUGCUGGCAGCUGGUGCACCAGGGAUGCGUCAUGCUCUUCCUAACUCUCGUAUCAUGAUUCACCAGCCAUCAGGAGGUGUGAGGGGUCAAGCAACCGACAUCCAAAUACAAGCAGAAGAAAUCCUAAAGCUAAAAGCACAAAUAAAUAUGUUGUAUGUAAGGCAUACAGGCUUGCCAUUAGAGAAAGUCCAGUCAUCAAUGGAGAGAGAUUGCUUCAUGUCCCCUACUGAGGCAAAAACAUUUGGAAUCAUUGAUAAUGUUCUUGAACAUCCACCAUCACAUGCUAUGGAGAAUGAAGCCGUACCGGCUUCUGGUUCUAGUACAACAACUCCUAAC